AUUCGAAUGAAACUCGUCACUCAAUGUUAGUGGGCUUUUUCAAAUUAAAGGGUCUUCAGUUUAUUUUGGACGGAAGAAUGGUGGCUCAAUUAUUGACGACUUGUCGCCUAAAGGUCUUAGAUCGUGCGUCUUCUGGAAUAACUUGGAUAUUCUCAUCCCAAAUGGCUUCACGUUUAUUUCGAGUACAUGGUGAAUUUUGCACCAAUCACCCGUGGGAAGUCAUUGUAGCGACUCUCACCCUCACAGCGUGUAUGCUAACUGUUGAACAGCAACCUCCACUUCGACCGACAAAACCAACCAUUAAAUCAUGUUUGGGAUGCAUUCAAGAGGCGGAAUACAACGCUGCUGAUCUAAUAUCAAUGACCAUCUUAAGAAGUUUGGCUGUUCUUUAUUGCUACUACCAGUUCCGCAAGAUGCAUAAGCUCGGAUCAAAAUAUGUCCUGGGAAUUGCGGGACUUUUCACCGUGUUCUCGAGCUUGGUCUUUACGACAACAGUUCUAAACAUUCUUCGGAUAAAAGUCAGCGAUCUAAAAGAUGCGCUAUUCUUUUUCUUGCUCCUUAUCGAUCUAUCCAAAGCGGCUAUUUUAGCUCAAUUCGCUCUUAAUGGGGCCAAUCAAGCUGAAAGAAAAACCAAUAUAGCGAAAGGAUUAGCUGAGUUAGGGCCGACGAUCACUUUAGACACACUGGUAGAGACACUAGUUAUUGGCGUUGGCACCAUGUCGGGAGUAGCUAGAUUAGAAAUGUUGUCGUGGUUUGCCUGUCUGUCGGUUCUGGUCAACUAUAUUGUUUUCAUGACUUUUUAUCCAGCAUGUUUGUCGCUGAUUUUAGAGUUGUCUCAAUCGAGCAAUUUUUGCAAAACCAAAGAUUCCUGGAAGAUAUUCGCAUUUAAAGAAGAUCGCAAGUCAAAUCCUGUCCUACAAAGAGUUAAGUUGAUCAUGUCAGUUGGUUUAAUGGUAGUUCAUGUUCAAAGUCGUUGGCCAUUCAGAGACAGUGAAGUAUACACUAUAGAGCCACUAGUGCAACAGUCCUUCAAUAAAACUGAUGAUUCCAUUGCCACACAUGUAUCUUUCAUAAGAUGGUUGGUUCUUGGUGCUGAUCAUAUUGUCAUAAUAAUACUGGUCUCAGCCCUUUUAAUUAAACUGAUUUUCUUCGAAAUCAAAGAUAAUUUAGUGGAAAUAAAGCCCGGUUUUGACAAAGAAACGCCGAAGCCAACGAAACAAAUGCCAAUGAUCAAUUUUACUUUGGGUGAAUCAUGCGAAUCCACCUACGAAGAUAAAGAAGUACAAACGUUAGCUACCUCGAAUUCCGAUGUUGAUAGUUCUUCUGAUGAUGGAGUGCCAAAGCAGUGUAGAAGUUUAGAAGAUUGCGUAAAGAUCUUCAAAAAUAUAGAUCUUGGUGCUACGGCCUUGACCGACGAUGAAAUAAUACUACUGAUAAAAAAUAAGAAUAUUGCUGCCUACCAAAUAGAAAAAGAAGUAGAUGACCCAGAAAGAGGUGUGGGAAUUAGAAGAAAAAUAUUAGGCAGAGAUCUGUUAGAAUCCCCCAAGCUCCUUGAAAACUUGCCCUUUAGGAAUUAUGAUUAUUCUUUGGUCAUGGGUGCGUGUUGCGAAAACGUUAUUGGAUACAUGCCCAUACCAGUAGGAUAUGCCGGGCCUUUGCUUCUGGAUGGUCGUGAGUUGUAUAUUCCAAUGGCAACAACUGAAGGUUGCUUGGUCGCUAGCACUAAUAGAGGAUGUAGAGCUUUAAAAGUUAGUGGGGUGACCAGCAGUGUGGUUGCUGAUGGCAUGACUCGCGGUCCAGUUGUGAGAUUUCCAUCCAUUGUCAGAACCAGUCAAGCAAUGCAGUGGAUCCAAGACCCAGAUAACUUCAAAAAAAUUAAGGAACAAUUCGAUUCAAGCAGCAGAUUCGCCAGACUGCAAAGACUCACUCUUAAAAUAGCGGGACGAUUUUUAUUUAUUAGAUUCAUCGCCACCACUGGAGAUGCCAUGGGCAUGAACAUGUUGUCUAAGGGUACCGAGUACUCUUUGAAAUUGGUUCAGCAAGUAUUUUAUGAUAUGGAAAUCCUAAGUCUCAGUGGAAACUUUUGUACCGAUAAAAAGCCGGCCGCCAUUAAUUGGAUCGAGGGAAGAGGAAAAUCUGUAGUUUGCGAAGCCAUAGUUCCAGCAAAAAUUAUUUCCUCCAUACUAAAAACCAACGUCCAUGCUCUUGUUGAUGUGAACAACUCCAAGAACAUGGUGGGCUCCGCUGUGGCCGGUAGCAUAGGUGGAUUCAACGCUCAUGCUGCUAAUAUUGUGACGGCGAUUUUCUUAGCUACUGGUCAAGAUCCAGCUCAGAAUGUUAGUAGUAGCAAUUGCAUGACUUUGAUGGAACCAUGGGGGCCUGAUGGAGAAGAUUUGUACAUUUCUUGCACCAUGCCUUCUAUUGAAAUUGGCACUAUUGGUGGAGGGACAAUAUUGCCAGCACAAAGCGCCUGCUUGGAUAUAUUGGGAGUAAAAGGGUCAAACAGAGAAAAUCCCGGUGCGAAUGCGUGCCAAUUAGCCAAAAUUGUAUGUGGAACAGUAUUAGCGGGCGAAUUAUCUCUAAUGUCGGCCUUAACAGCGGGACACUUAGUGAAGAGUCACUUGAGGCACAACCGAUCCACUACCUUAUUACCAGAUGCCUUCGACAGAAAGAAAUAUUCUUUUACCCAGCUGCAAAGAUAAUGCUUGAAAAUCCAUAUCCAUGAAUUAAUUUUGAGCAGCUCGGUGCAUACCCUUCAUUUUUCAGAUAUACCAAAGGUUCCUAAAUGGAUUUAAAUAUAUAAAGAGAACAUGGGAGAAGAGGACAAAUUUUGACUAAUAUAAAUGAUAAGAUAAAUUAACAGAGUGAAUGUGAACUAUGUGUUAUGCUUAUUUGGAAUUGAGCUGAUGAACUAAAUACAAUUAUGUACCCAAUCAAAAAAAGGAGAUAUUAGCUUAAAGGUCUCCGCGAUUUGGCAAUUCAAUCUUAAUUUAAUGAAAUUUGGCGGCAUCGUAACUUUGAUGUAUCUACACAAAUAAAUAUAGUUUUAAGCUGUAAAUAUAUAUUUCAUAGCA